AUGUCGAAUCUGAGCAAAGGCACGGGCAGCCGAAAGGACACCAAGAUGCGGAUCCGGGCCUUUCCGAUGACCAUGGAUGAAAAAUAUGUAAACAGCAUUUGGGACCUUCUGAAAAAUGCAAUUCAAGAAAUCCAGCGUAAGAAUAACAGUGGUCUUAGUUUUGAGGAGCUCUAUAGAAAUGCAUAUACAAUGGUUUUGCAUAAACAUGGAGAAAAGCUCUACACUGGACUAAGAGAAGUUGUUACCGAACAUCUCAUAAAUAAGGUGCGAGAGGAUGUACUUAAUUCAUUGAAUAACAACUUUCUUCAAACGCUAAAUCAAGCUUGGAAUGAUCAUCAAACAGCUAUGGUGAUGAUUAGAGACAUACUAAUGUAUAUGGACCGUGUAUAUGUACAACAAAACAAUGUGGAGAAUGUCUACAACUUGGGAUUAAUUAUUUUUCGGGAUCAAGUUGUACGAUAUGGCUGUAUUAGAGAUCAUCUACGACAAACAUUAUUGGAUAUGAUCGCAAGAGAGCGGAAAGGAGAAGUUGUAGACCGAGGCGCAAUAAGAAAUGCGUGCCAGAUGUUAAUGAUUUUAGGUCUUGAAGGACGAUCAGUCUAUGAAGAAGAUUUUGAGGCUCCUUUUUUGGAAAUGUCUGCAGAAUUUUUUCAGAUGGAAAGCCAGAAAUUUUUAGCAGAAAACAGUGCUUCAGUUUAUAUAAAGAAAGUAGAAGCUAGAAUUAAUGAAGAAAUAGAACGGGUGAUGCACUGCCUUGAUAAAUCAACCGAAGAGCCAAUUGUAAAGGUGGUGGAGAGGGAACUUAUUUCCAAGCACAUGAAAACUAUAGUAGAAAUGGAGAAUUCUGGGCUAGUACAUAUGUUGAAAAAUGGAAAGACAGAAGACCUUGCUUGCAUGUACAAGUUAUUUAGUCGUGUGCCAAAUGGUUUGAAAACUAUGUGUGAGUGUAUGAGUUCCUAUUUGAGAGAGCAGGGUAAAGCCCUUGUUUCUGAAGAAGGCGAAGGAAAGAAUCCUGUUGACUAUAUCCAGGGCUUAUUGGAUCUGAAGAGUAGGUUUGAUCGCUUCCUGCAGGAAUCAUUUAAUAAUGACCGACUCUUUAAACAAACUAUUGCGGGUGACUUUGAGUAUUUUCUCAACCUCAACUCCAGGUCCCCUGAAUACCUCUCAUUAUUUAUUGAUGAUAAAUUAAAAAAGGGAGUCAAAGGGCUAACAGAACAAGAAGUAGAAACAAUAUUGGAUAAGGCAAUGGUCCUAUUUAGGUUUAUGCAAGAAAAAGAUGUAUUUGAACGUUAUUAUAAACAACACUUGGCAAGGAGGCUUCUUACAAAUAAAAGUGUUUCUGAUGACUCUGAAAAAAAUAUGAUAUCUAAGUUAAAGACUGAGUGUGGAUGUCAAUUCACAUCAAAACUGGAAGGAAUGUUUAGGGAUAUGAGCAUCUCAAAUACAACUAUGGAUGAAUUCAGGCAACAUCUACAGGCAACUGGGGUAUCAUUAGGUGGUGUUGAUCUCACAGUCCGGGUGCUCACAACAGGAUAUUGGCCCACUCAGUCAGCCACACCAAAGUGCAACAUCCCACCAGCACCAAGACAUGCUUUUGAGAUAUUCAGGAGGUUUUACUUAGCGAAACACAGUGGUCGGCAGCUCACACUCCAGCAUCAUAUGGGUUCUGCAGAUCUCAAUGCCACCUUUUAUGGACCAGUCAAAAAGGAAGAUGGAUCUGAAGUUGGUGUUGGAGGGGCACAAGUCACUGGCUCUAAUACACGGAAGCACAUACUGCAAGUCUCCACUUUCCAGAUGACCAUAUUAAUGCUCUUUAAUAAUAGAGAAAAAUAUACAUUUGAGGAAAUUCAGCAAGAAACGGAUAUCCCUGAAAGGGAACUUGUUAGAGCCCUGCAGUCCCUCGCCUGUGGUAAACCAACACAACGGGUUCUCACAAAAGAACCCAAGUCAAAGGAAAUAGAAAAUGGUCACAUAUUCACAGUUAAUGAUCAGUUCACAUCCAAACUACACAGAGUCAAGAUUCAAACAGUUGCUGCCAAACAAGGUGAAUCUGACCCAGAACGGAAAGAAACAAGGCAGAAAGUAGAUGACGACAGGAAACAUGAGAUAGAAGCUGCUAUAGUGCGGAUAAUGAAGUCUAGAAAGAAGAUGCAGCACAAUGUGUUAGUAGCAGAGGUAACUCAGCAAUUGAAGGCUCGAUUCUUACCAAGUCCAGUUGUUAUUAAGAAGCGUAUUGAAGGACUUAUUGAGAGAGAAUACUUGGCACGAACACCUGAGGAUCGCAAAGUGUACACAUAUGUAGCAUAA